CUGUUCGGCUGGAGUUUCGGGGGGCGACGGCAGCGCUGCUUUUCUCCCCUGGUGGGCCAGUCUUGCAACUCUGCUAAGUACACUCGCAUUCGCUUCGGCUACAGUCGCACGUGUUGUUCGCUUAAUCACUACCGUUCGUGCCACAAGCGUUCGUAGGAUGAGCGAAAACGUUCCUCCGAGGAAAAGGAAGACAACGCCAGUUUACUGUUGCGUUGUAAGCUGUACGAACAGUACACUCAACACAGUCGGCGCGUCACCCCCCGUCGUUUUCCACCGAUUCCCGGGAAGGUGGUACGAGAAGAAACGGCGGGAAGCAUGGGCAGCUGCUGUCCGCCGUGCAAAUCCAGAUGGAACUCCGUGGCAGCCACAACCAUGGUCGAUGAUUUGCAGCCAGCACUUCGUCGACAAUACCGUCAGCAAUGUCGAGAGUGGUAUAUCGUACGUUCCGACGAUCUUCCCAUCAGUUUACAGGAGGAAGAACGUUGAUGGCCAACGUCACAAGAGGUGGAAAAACCGUGCAGAACACCAAGCCUGCACGACACUUGCACCAGCGGAAGAACCCCCUGACCAUGUGGAAUUCCAUGUCGAGGAGGAGGAGCAAGAUCUGACAAGUGAAUUUGACCUGUCAUCUGCAAAUGAGGGCGGCUUGGAACUUCUUGCUGAUGUCGCAUCAGAGGCGACAACCCUGGCAUCGUAUGCAAACAUGGAUACUCAGACAGAUGACCAAAUGGACACUGGUGACCUGCAGCUGUUUGUGUCUGUCACUGCUGGAUCUCAUGCUUCUUGUCAGGUUAGCCAUGCCGAGAAGCCCCGUAAGGAGUGUGACCAGAAUGUGACCUGGAGAAGGGAAUGUGGUUUUCGCGGCUUUGCCACGCUUCAAACUUCUGAGCAGGCACCUCAUGACCUCUGCGGGGUCACCAUGUCAGUGUUCACUCUGCUGCUCUACCUGCUUCCAAGCCAACGACAACGGUCCUCAGAUGUGACUCGAGAGGACAGGCUUGUCCUCUUCCUCAUGAAGUUAAAACUUGGAGUAAGCCUGACAGCACUUGGGGCACUUUUUGGUGUUACAAAAUCUACAGCUUCACGAGUGUUUCGUCUCACGCUGGACCUUCUCAGUACGAAGCUUGAAAAGUGGAUUUUUGUGCCCCCUAGGACGACCAUCAAAGAGACAAUGCCGGCAUGUUUUGCUGCUAAUUACCCAAACUGUACAUUUAUAAUUGACUGUACCGAAGUUAGGACCGAGACUCCGUCAGACCCUGAGCAGCAACAUUACCUUUAUUCCCACUAUAAGGGGGGAUACACUCUUAAGUGGCUUGUGGGUAUCAUUCCCAAUGGCAUGAUUGCGUUUGUUUCUGAGCCCUAUGGGGGACGGCACUCAGAUUCCCUCAUAACAAGGCAGUCUGGUUUUCUCACACAUGUUCUGCCUGGAGACUUGGUAAUGAGCGACAAGGGUUUCCCAGCGAUAAAAACUACAAUGGAGAAACAAGGAGCUGUUCUCCUGAUGCCACCAUUCAACACUGGGGGACGUCAACUUUCUGUAGAGGACAUGAACUCCACAUUUGUCAUAGCACAAGUAAGAAUCCAUGUAGAGCGUGUGAUUCAGAGGUUGAAACUGUAUAAUGUCUUGAACAACCGCGUACCGCUUACCUUAAUUCCCCACAUGGGUAAAGUAAUGAGAGUGUGUGGGGCCCUUGUCAACCUCCAGGCACCGAUCAUAAAAUCAUAGCUACUGCCUUGCAAAUGUUACCAAGGCCUGCUAAACUUCCAUGGAAGUGGGGUGCUGAGAGAGACGUGAAAUAAAACAUUGAGAACA